CCCCCUAUCACACAGUCCUUCGGGCCAGAUUCAGCGAGAGCAAAAGGAGAGUGAGAGAGCCAGAGCCAGAGAGAGACCAAGAGUAAGCAGGUUUGAUGCAAUACUAAAAGAACUGCCAGUGAAUUUCUGGAGGAAGAACAAUAAAUACUGAGAAAACUCUUCGAUGGAACAGAAUUGCGAAAUCAACUCCCAUCUCAGCUGUUUGGAAUUACAAACUUUAUUUCCCAGCAGUGACUUUAUUUACCGUUAGUUACAAAGUCGGGAGAUUCUGCAAUAGUUGGUAUAAGUAAGUUAAACAGUGAUUGUGGUGAGAAGAGCUGGUGAAGAACUGAAACUUCAAUCAUGGAGGUAGAGAACUAUACCAGUCUACACGAGUUUACUGAGGAUACAUCCUCCAGAGGAAACAAGCCUAUCCUAAACAACCACAGUGCCCAGGGGCUGAAGAGGGGGUCAGAGUGUCUCAGAGGUCAGACAGCCCUCUUUGUGCUGAUUGGUCUAUUGGCCUCCAUCUGUGCCAACAUCGCUCUGAGCGUGCUCUUGUUGAGCAGGCCGUUACCUAGUGUUCCCCUGGAGACAGCAUCUCUGACCCUGAAGCUGAACUCAGUUCGAGGACGUUAUGUCCGUCUCUGUGAUGACUACUCCAAACUGGGCCAGAGCUGCUCAAAGACAGUAAGUAAGUGUAGGGAGUGUCCUGAGGGCUGGAUUCAUGUAGAUGAGAAAUGUUACUCCUUCAGUAAUGACAAGAUGGACUGGCCGAGCAGCAGAGACAGUUGUACUUCCCUGGGCAGCCACCUUACCAUCCUGCACAGCAAGGAACAGCAUGACGCUCUGGAAAAAGAGGCCCGGAGGAUUGGCGGGUUUGACUACCACUUCUGGAUUGGCCUAUCAGAUAUAGAGAAGGAAGGGGAUUGGAGAUGGGUGGACAACACAACACUGACAAAUAAGUAUUGGAAUGAGUAUAGCUCUGAGCCUGACAAUCAUCACUCAGGAGGAUCACACGGGGAGGACUGUGCCACCCUGGACAGCCAUUCGCAGACCUGGUUUGACGUACCGUGUGACCACAUCUACAAACGCAUUUGUCAGAUGGAUGCCAUCCGGCUAGACUGAAUCACAGGACUUAAACUAAGCCAUGAAUUUCCCAAUUAUCUAGAUCUACUGUCCAUGCAUUCAUGAAGGAUGGCAAUGUUUUCUUAAAUAGCAUAUCCUUUUUAUGUGUGUGUAUUACUCUGUAUUUUUCAGAAACCAUGAAACAAAAUGGGACAGAAAAGGUGAAGAGAAGGGCUAAGAUAUAGAAUGACAAGACGAGAUAAAGAUAGUUUUGUGGUAUAGCUAGUUUCAUGAAAUGUUCAUUCCCUACUCAAAAUAAUAGAUGCAAACAUUUUGCAAAUCUGGCACCUUCUGCAAGGAGAAUUUCAAUGAAUGCACUCAAUUUAGUAAAUCAGUUAAUGCAAUCAAGGAGAUAGAUGCUCUAAUCAACUCUGCUGCUUGCCAAACUGAUUGCUGGGAUACUUUUGAGCAAUCUAAGUGCUUUUUUUAUACGUGUGUGACCUGUACAUAAAUCUCCAAAAUAUAAUGUAUUGCUGCACUAACCAUGAAAAUGAAUCAAUAAUGAAUCAAUAAAACUGUAUUUUCAAAUGAA